CCUGGCGGCUGGCACAUGGACCCUGCAAUGAAUCUGCAGCCAGUGCCCAGGGAGGCAGGCCCAGCCCUUGGGGAUCCUGGGGAGAGAUGGGGCAAACCCAGCGCCAGUGCUCCCAGCUGGGGUAUCAGCAUCCUGGUCGGCGCUCCCAAGGCCAACACGAGCCAGCCCAACGUCACGCAGGGUGGGGCCGUCUACUACUGCCCCUGGCACCGGGGCAACACCAGCUGCACCCCCAUUGAAUUUGACCAGACAGGGUCCCGCCCACAUGACUUUGGCCUGGACGGGCUGGUGCCAGUGGAGUUCAAAUCCCUGCAAUGGUUCGGCGCAACAGUGCGGUCCCACGGCAGCUCCAUCCUGGCCUGUGCCCCCCUGUACAGCUGGCGCACCAUCAAGGAGGAGUCCAGCCGAGACCCCGUGGGCACCUGCUACCUGUCUGUCAGCAACUUCACCAAGUUCGUGGAGUAUUCGCCCUGCCGCACAGAUCUGGAUUCAGAGGCGGGGCAGGGGUACUGCCAGGGUGGUUUCAGCGCUGAGUUCACCAAGACCGGGCGAGUGCUGCUUGGAGGCCCAGGAAGCUUUUUCUGGCAAGGCCAGGUGAUCUCGGCCACACAGGAGCAGAUCAAGGAGGCCUAUUACCCUGAGUAUUUCAUCCUGGCCACCCAGGGGCAGCUGGAGACACGCCAGGCUGCCCCCAUCUAUGACGACAGCUAUCUGGGGUAUUCUGUGGCCGUUAUUCCAUUGAAGACUUUGUGGCCGGCGUUCCCAAGGGAAGUCACUGUCCUGAAUGGAACAGACAUGAGGUCCCUGUAUAACUUCUCUGGGGAGCAGAUGGCGGCCUACUUCGGCUACGCGGUGGCUGCUGCUGAUGUGAACGGCGACGGUCUGGACGACCUGCUGGUGGGCGCCCCGCUGUUCAUGGAGAAGACAGAGGAUGGGCGGGUGCAGGAGGUGGGCAGAGUCUACGUUUACCUGCAGCAGCCCCACGGCAUGGAGCCCAACGCCUCCAUGGUGCUGACAGGGGAAAAGGAGUUCGGCCGCUUUGGGAGCACCCUGGCCCCGCUGGGAGACCUGAACCAGGAUGGCUACAAUGACGUUGCGAUCGGGGCGCCGUUCGGCGGGGACGCGCAGCAGGGCCUGGUGUACGUGUACAACGGUCAGGCGGGCGGGGUGAAGGCCCAGCACUCCCAGGUCCUGCAGGGGCACUGGCCCCCUGGCAGCUCACCUGACUUCUUUGGGUUUGCCCUCCGCGGAGCCAAGGACCUGGAGGGCAACGGCUACCCGGACUUGAUUGUGGGUGCGUUCGGAGUGGACACAGCCCUGGUGUACCGAGGCCGCCCCAUCGUCUAUGCCAGCGCCUCCCUCAGCAUCUUCCCCGCCAUGUUCAACCCCGAAGAGCGAUCCUGCACACUGGAGGGCACCGACACGCACGUGGCCUGCAUAAACCUGAGCUUCUGCCUCAACGCCUCAGGGAAGCACGUGCCCGACUCCAUUGGGUUCACGGUGGGGCAGCACCUGGACCACCUGAAGCAGAAGGAGCGGGCGCUGUUCCUGCAGUCGCACAAGCCCACCCUGAACCAGACCAUCCAGGUGCACAACGGCGCCCUGGACAAGUGCAGGGAGAUGAAAAUCUACUUGCAGGUAAGUGGGGCCAGCCCAGCCGACCGGGGUCGCCACCUGGACCACCUGAAGCAGAAGGAGCGGGCGCUGUUCCUGCAGUCGCACAAGCCCACCCUGAACCAGACCAUCCAGGUGCACAACGGCGCCCUGGACAAGUGCAGGGAGAUGAAAAUCUACUUGCAGCCCAUCCACCUGGAGCUGGGCUUCAGCCUCGACUCGCGGGCCCCGGCGGACGCCUACGGGCUGCAGCCCAUCCUCAACCACCUCACCAAGAACAGAAUCGAGCAGAAGGCCCAGAUCCAGCUGGACUGUGGCGAGGACAAUAUCUGCGUCCCCGACCUGCAGCUCGAGGUCUCAGGGGAGCACAGCGUGGUCUACCUGGGGGACAAGAAUGCCCUGAACCUGACCUUCAACGCCUACAACCGCGGCGAGGGCGGCGCCUACGAAGCCGAGCUCUACGUCACCCUGCCCGUGGAGGCCGACUACUCCGGGGUGAUCCGCAACCAGGGGAACUUCACCAACCUGAGCUGUGCCUAUGAGUCGGUGAACCGGACCCGCACAGUGAUCUGCGACCUCGGCAACCCCAUGAAGGCAGGCACCAGUCUCUCAGGGGGCCUGCGCUUCACCGUCCCCCACCUUCGUGACAACAAGCAGAACAUCCAGUUUGAGUUCCAGAUCCAGAGCAAGAACCAGAACAACUCCCGCAGCGAGGUGGUGGCGUUCUCACUGCGUGUCGAGGCCGCUGCCAGGGUCUCCUCCCACGGGGUCUCCAAGCCCGAGUCUGUGUCCUUCCCCAUCUCGGGCUGGAAGCCUGGCAGGAAGCCAGUGAAGGAGCAGGACGUGGGCCCCGAGGUGCAGCACGUGUAUGAGCUGGUGAAUGAGGGUCCCAGCGCCAUCAGCCACGGUGUCCUGGAGCUGAGCUGCCCCAUGAGUUUCCAGGGGAAACCAGUGAUGUACGUGACCCGUUACUCGGUGCCGGCCAAUUGCUCCAGCCAGCCCGUCAACCCGCUCAAGCUGCAGCUGGAGCAGAGUCCCACAGCCUCUCCUGGCCUAGAGCAGCAUUACCUGCAGAGACGGGACACAGCGCGGAGCAGCGGGGCCUCCAGGAGCCACCAUACCCUGAAGUGCCCCGAGGCCGAGUGCUUCCAGCUGAGCUGCCAGGUGGGGGCGCUGCAGAGGCAGCAGCGGGUCAGCCUGAGGCUCUACUUCCGGAUGUGGGCCAAGACCUUCCAGCAGAAGGAAAACCAGCCCCAGGCCCUGCAGUGCGAGGUCAGGUACCAGGUCGACAGGAUGCCCUACAAGAUCCAGCCCCAGGAGUACCCCAGCGAGGCCUGGCAGGUCACCACGGCGAUUCAAUGGGCGAAACCAGAGAGCAGCCAGGGGGUCCCGCUGUGGAUCAUCAUCCUGGCCAUCCUGCUCGGGCUGCUGCUCCUGGCGCUGCUCAUCUACGUGCUGUACAAGCUGGGGUUUUUCAAACGCUCCCUGCCCUACGGCACGGCCAUGGAGAAGGCUCAGCUGAAGCCACAGGCGGCCUCAGAGGCAUAGCGGGGCCAGGGCCGCCCGGCUGCCCUACGCAUCUGGGCUCUGUCUGUCUGUCUGUCUUGUUUGCUUUUGCCGGCGUGGCUGCCUCAGAGCGGCAUCGGGGAGGGGCGGCGCGGCCUGGCACAGCAAGGACGGGCUGCACCCAGCAAGCUUGCCAAUGGGGCAGAGACAGACCCAAGGGGGCCCCACCAGGGGUGGCCAUGAGCUGAGCCCCCAGGACUGCAGCAGCAGAUGGAGAACACCCUGCCUGCUCUGUGCCCAUGGGGGUGGCAUCUCCACCUCCCCUCGGCCCCAGACCCUGGCAGCUGCCUACUGCCCCCCGAGGGCGCCCCGGCAGGUCAGACCCUGAGGGCUGCGCUCUCUAGCCACGGGCAAUACUUGAAGGCUGCCAGGAGGCCGUUGGUCUCUGUGGAGCCGUGGGCUCCUCCCGUGGCACAGCGUGAAGCGCGUUCCUCUGUCCAUCCAUCCGGCGUUGGCACAGGGUUGUGGAGUCUGAACUGGACAGUUUACAAGCUGCCCGUCCACUCGGACAUGCCAAAGCGAGGCUGGACAAGCACAAUCGCCCCAUCCAGUCGCUGCCACGGAGCUGGGCGGGACUUCCUGCCUUCCCCAGCCCACUUCCUGUCGGUGGCAGCUCCCUUGAGGACACAAUGGGCAUUUCCAGCCACGGGUCCUCGGGGCCACACUCAGCGAUGCCAAAGAUUGCAGCAUAGGAAGCCAAAGCCAUGGUCCGCCAGCUGCGCCCGCGCCGGCACUGAGCUCGCAGCUGCCAGGUGGGGCAAUGGGGCAGGGCGGCCCAAGGCUGUGGCCAGGAAUUCUGGGCUCUAAUUUAAAGUCUCUCCAAGUGCAAUAAACCCUUCGACGUCAGUAUUAAUCUUCUUAAUUAUCAGGAAUUUUCUCGUGUGGUUGGAGGUCUGGCCCAGGUGCUCCCCGCUUUGCACUGACCCCACGCUGUAGGGCCAGCCCCCUCCCCAGCCCGAACCCUGCUUGCAGCGUCUCUAAGUUAUUAUGUUGUGUCUCCAGUGUGAAAUCCCGGCAUGGCCCUGCGCUGCCCUCCAACGCUGGCCCUCAGGAAUGGCCGGGCUGCGUUGGGCACAGCCUGGCAGGACCCCCAGGGGCAGAGCUGGUUUUUUCCUGGUGUUCCUGUGUGUCCCCCCGCAAUCUCGGCAGGCUCUGCUAUGGAAAGGGUGGUGCCAGAGCAGUCUACUCUGCCCAUCGCCCCCAGGACUGACUGCACCAGAGCUGGUGCCUACCCUGCAGCCGACUCCUCACAGCCCGGUCCCAGCGCUCGCUCCCAGACCACACCAGCUGAAGUACUGGCCCUAGCUCUUCAGGGAUGGGGGUCUGAGGAGUGGCAGGGCUCCGCAUAGGCACUGCAUGGAAAGGGCAGAUGCUGCCCUAGUGGAACAGCCCGGAUGCCAGCAGACAGGACAGUCUGGCUACUGGCAGCUCCUGGGAUGUGACCGGUCAUGCUGCCAGAUGCUAGCCUGGCCCCCCCUCUCCUGUCACUGCCUCACCCUUCUCAGGGCUGGGAUCCUGGGCCCAGACCCUGCCCCUUGGCUCUGGUGGGUUCAGCUGAGCCUGAGGCGUGCGUGGUAACUGGUGCUCCAGCAGCCGCACUGGAGACCAGGCCUGGCCACAGCUGCCCCGGGACCCAAGACCUGGCAAAUUAUCUUCAUUUCUCUCCCCCCAGCCAUGGAGCAGGGUGGGAUACUGGGGGGUAGGGGGGCUCUGACCCCUGGAUUCUCACCCCAGCUUGGCCCAUUGGGGUCAGGGCUCAGCUAAAUCCUCAGCCCUGAGGCGCUCCCAGGGCAGGGGCAGCCAAGAGCCUAAAUUGCACUACAGCCGUCCUCCCUGCUGGGGCGGGGGCCUCCCUUGGUAUUUAUCCUGCCACUUU